UGGUUUAUGUAUGUAGAUAUAGAAUAGAAAGUUUUUUUAAUUUACAACAUAUAUUAUUCCGUUAAUUCGAUGUCGUUUUUUAUAAGAAGUGGUAACCGAGGAGAUGGUACACAGAAACGUAAACUCAAUGGCCACUUUAAUAAGAAAUCUACAAUUCAGUCAAAAUCAAAGAAAUCAAAGAAGUCCAAACUUGAUGAUAAUGAAAGUAUUGCCAGUACGGAUGAAGAGUUUGCAGAAGAAAAUUUAGGAAAUGAAGCACAGAGUGAAACUGAGGAAGAAGAGGAAACUGCACAAGAAAAACGUUUGAGGCUUGCAAAGAAAUAUCUUCAAGAAAUUGAAGAAGAAGAAAAAGAUAGAGCAGAAUUUGAAGAAGGUGCGGUUGCGCAGAGAUUACGUGAAGAAUAUUUAGAGGAAAAAGGUCGAUUAAAAAAAACUAUAGCGAUUAAUUAUGUUGGCCACAAUGAACUUAUAACAUUGAGGUGUAAAGAACAUAAAUCGUCCAUUACCUGUAUUUGCCUUUCAAGUGAUGGCAAUAUAUUAUAUUCAGGAUCUAAGGAUGGUAGUUUAGUCAAAUGGUCAGUAAAGGAUAAAAAGAAAUUGAAAGCCAUUAGAGGAAACAGAGGAAAGCAGAAUCCUGGAAUGAAAUCUAUACAAUGUUUGGCGAUUAGCACAGAUGGAAGGUUUCUUGUAGUAGGAGAAAGUGGAUGUAAAGACAUAAAAGUGUUCUCUGGUGAUACUAUUAACCAUAUAAAGGAUCUGAAAGGUCACAGAGGUUUAGUAUCUGGAUUAGUAUUCCGUAAAAAUACUCACACGUUAUACUCUGCUUCCGAAGAUAAGAGCGUGAAAGUUUGGAAUCUAGACGAUAUGGCUUACGUUGAAUCUUUAUUCGGGCAUCAGAACGCUAUCACCUCUAUUGACGCGCUUUCACGAGAGCGCGCUAUCACAAGCGGUGGUUACGACGGAACUGUUAGGAUAUGGAAAAUAGUCGAAGAAUCACAGUUAAUAUUUAACGCUAGUAGCGUCGGCAGUAGCAUUGACGCAGUUAAGCUCAUCAACGAGGAGAAUUUUUUUACCGGUGGAGACGACGGACAACUUUGCCUUUGGGGAUGUUUGAAGAAGAAACCGCUGUGUUCAAUAUCACAGGCACACGGAAUAGACGAAACCAACGGUCAACCGAUGUGGAUUUCAAGUAUUGCCACACUAUUGAAUACAGAUUUAGUAGCGUCAGGUUCGCGGAACGGUACGAUAAAAUUAUGGCACUGCAGUGAAAACUUUAGAUCUUUAAAUUUGUUAUUUGAAGUUAAAUUGACGGGUUUCAUAAAUGCGCUCGCAUUUACUCCUGAUGGAAAUCACCUUAUUGCUGGUAUAGGUAAAGAACAUAGAAAUGGAAGUUGGUGGCAAAUAUCUGAAGCGAUGAAUUCCAUUGUUAUUAUACCAUUAGUGCAUAAGCAAAAGACAAAUAAAUAA